CAUCGGCUCCCGCGCCCAUUCGCUGAAGGCCGGCCUCUUCUUCCCGGAGCCGAGCCGAGGAGCAGCACCUCCCCGGGUCCUCAAGGAGCCUCUCUCGUUGCGGGCGCGCCUGCUUGUGCCUUGCCAGGCGGGAGGAGGAGGAGGAGGGCCAGGGGAAUUCGCGGGGGUGGGGCGGGGAGGAGGUGGCGGCACCGGGGCCGGUUGCUUUCCUCCGGCCUCUUCGGGGUCCUUGAUGCGCCUUGGCCCCGGCUGCUGGGCGGCCAGGAAGGGAGGAAGAGGAUGGCGGAGAGCGAAUGCGAGACCCCCAGCACUCCCGGGGAGUUUGAGAGCAAAUACUUCGAGUACAAUGGGGUGCGCCUGCCCCCUUUCUGCAGGGGGAAGAUGGAAGAGAUCGCCAAUUUCCCAGUGAGGGACAAUGAUGUCUGGAUUGUUACCUACCCCAAAUCAGGCACCAGUUUAUUGCAGGAAGUAGUAUAUUUGGUGAGCCAAGGCGCUGACCCUGAUGAAAUUGGAUUAAUGAAUAUAGAUGAACAACUUCCUGUGCUGGAAUAUCCUCAACCUGGUCUGGACAUCAUCAAGGAGCUUACAUCGCCUCGACUCAUCAAAAGCCAUCUGCCGUAUCGAUUUUUGCCUUCAGAUCUACACAGUGGCAAUUCCAAGGUAAUAUACAUGGCUCGGAACCCCAAAGAUCUGGUAGUGUCUUAUUAUCAGUUUCACCGCUCCCUACGAACAAUGAGCUACAGGGGAACGUUUCAGGAGUUCUGCCGGAGAUUUAUGAAUGAUAAGUUAGGAUAUGGUUCGUGGUUUGAACAUGUGCAGGAAUUUUGGCAACAUCACAUGGACUCCAAUGUACUCUUUCUCAAGUAUGAAGAUAUGCACAAGGACCUGGCAACUAUGGUUGAAAAAUUGGCAAGGUUCUUGGGCAUCUCGUAUGACAAAGCACAGUUGGAAUCUAUGGUGGAACAUUGUCACCAGCUCAUUGACCAGUGCUGCAAUGCAGAGGCCCUUCCCAUUGGCAGAGAUGCAUUCAACAGGGCUUCCAUUUUCAGAUUCAUGGAUUUUCCUGCAAGUGUGGACCUCAAUGGACAUGGAAGAGUUGGGCUAUGGAAAGACAUCUUCACUGUUUCCAUGAAUGAGAAAUUUGAUUUAGUUUACAAGCAGAAGAUGGGAAAGUGUGACCUCACAUUUGAUUUUUAUUUAUAAAAAACAAAAACAAAAAAUGCAUGUUUGUAGAAAAAGAAAACAGAAAUGCUAGCUAGAUCUUAGCUAGAAGUGCUUUCUGCAUUCAUUCAUUUAUUACUUAUUGGACAAAACACUGUACCUGUUGCGUGUAUCAAUAUUAAAAAGAAAAAAAGAACCCAAAGGGCACCAUGCAUUGGGAUUGUAAACCUCAGAGGAGUCCUGCCAGAUUGGCCAGAGGUCUGACUGGUUCAGCAUUGUUCUAGCAGGUGUGGUUAAAGAGAUGCUUCUGGAAAGAUUGCUGUCAGGAUAUGAAGCAGAGGUGGGCAACCGUAGUCCUUCAGAUGCUGUUAGACUGCAGUUUUCAGCUGCUUUAGCCUAUGGUGGUUGAAGAGCUAUAUCAAACAGUUGCUCCAACAUUUGUACAGUUCUUGUUCAUAAGGCUUGUAGAGGAUAAUUUCCCAGUGCAUUGUGCCCAUAGAGAAUCUAAGCAGACUGUAAAAAAUAAUGUAAUUCUCCUUGGCUGAAUACUUGGCUGCUAUGAAUGCAUUCUUGCCAUGUAAAGUAUGUAUUAUAUAUGCAGUUAGGGAUGUUUACCUUUCCAGACCAACAUUGAUGAUUUAUUUUAAAUUGUUUACAGAAGGUUUUCAAUGGAUACCUAAGAACAGUUAAGUGAACUAGGCAGACAUUCAUGUGGGGGGCAAUAGAUUGCAGGCUGAAAACAUUGCCUUAGGGUUUAAGCUGUUGUGAUCACUUUUACUGCUUUAUCCCCACAUUCUAACAUAUAAAAGAUGAAAUGUCAUUUUCCUUAAAUGUAUUAAUGACAUUAUUCUGGAGGGAAUGAAAACCAAUGGCACAUAAAUGAGUUUGUUGCAGUCAAGAUUAUUAACCUAGGGAGCAUCAGCUGGAUAUCUCUUGCUCUGAUGCACAAUACACACGCUCCUCCUUUCACAUCCAUCAUACUUUGCUGAAGGCUGCGUCCAGCCUAUUGUAUUUGGCAGUCAGUCACUUGUGCUGCCAUUCUUCUGCAGUGGCUUCUGAAGCAGGGCAUGUUAGUGAAUGGAUUAUCUUCCAUUGAACAAAAGAAAACUGAGCAACUUAAUGGCUAGACACACAAUCAAUUGAACUUCACUGUGCAAUAUUCGCUUGCCUCUUGGUUCAGCAACAUCUCUAUGCUAGAUAUAUAAUUAGGGUCAUGUGCAUUUUUGUGCAUUUACAAUGGUCAGUGUAUGCACAUGCGCCCCACUCCCAAUACAAUUGGGUGCUCGUUUAUGUGGAAAUAAUCACCUGUUGGUUCAGUGGGAUAACUUACAGGAAGGUACUAUAAGAUGGAAGUUUUAGAGAUUUAAUUCCUCGAAACAGCAAGAAGGAGGCAACAAAACUCAAGUCUAGCACACAUGGGUGGGCAUACACUUAAUGGCAUUUUAAAAAGUCAUAUAUGAACAUCUCUUGAAAAGAA